AUGUCGAGCUCGUUCGAAAAGUCUGUCAAGGGCGCCACCAAGAUCAAGGCGGCGCCCCCCAAGACCAAAUAUAUCGAACACAUCCUCGUGGCAACACAUUCCGGCGAGGCUGGCGUUGGCGAGAUCUUCAGAGCACUUUCGAACCGCCUCCGAGAUUCGACAUGGACCGUUGUCUUCAAGAGCUUGAUCACCAUCCACCUCAUGAUCCGUGAGGGUUCGCCGGACGCCACCCUGGCAUACCUCUCGCACCACACGAGCCUCCUUACCAUCACCACUAUAUCAGAUGCCCAGACGCAAGGUCGCAAUAUCCGAGUCUACGCCAGAUACCUACAAGAAAGAGCACGAGCAUAUCGCGAUACCAAGUACGACUGGGUACGGGUGAAGGCGUCACGCCUCGAGAAGUUGACCGUGGAAAAGGGCCUGCUUCGGGAGACUGAGGUUAUUCAGCGCCAGAUCUCGGCCCUCUUAAAGUGCGAUAUCAUGGAAGACGACCACGCUAUGGAAAUCGUCCAAACCGCUUUCCGUCUACUCGUUCUUGAUCUCUUAGCUCUCUUCCAGGCCAUGAACCAGGCCAUGAUCAAUAUUCUUGGUCACUUCUUUGAACUUUCGAAACCAGACGCCGAGAGAGCCUUGGAUAUUUACCGCCAGUUUGCCAAACAGACCGACUUUGUCGUUAGCUACUUGAGAGUGGCUCGCCAUUUUGAACAUCUGACGAGAGUCGAGGUCCCGAAGCUAAAGCAUGCUCCCACCAACCUUAAGCAGCAAUUGGAGGAGUACGUGAAGGAUCCGGACUUUGAGAUCAAUCGUCGACAAUACAUCGCCGAGCUCCAGGCAAAGAAGAGCGGAGCCGCCACGGGGGGCUCCAAGUCGGCAGCGACACCAUCCGAUCCUAAGCCGGCCGCGAGCAGCAAGUUCCCAGAGCCCAACGGACCUUCCAAGUCGCAACCCGGAGCAUUGAAACCCGAACCUGCUAGAGGCCCUGCUCCUGAUCUGAUCGACUUUUUCGAAUCCAUCGAGCAGAACCAAACCCCCAUGGCGUCGAAUCUUGCCCAACAGCAACAACCACAGCCUCUACCUCAGUCCCAGCCUCAGCCUCAGCAUCAGCAUCAGCAUCAGCAUCAGCCCUUCAAUCAGAUCCCCCAGCAGAUGGCCAACCCCACCGGUUUCGUCCCCAACGGAGCCUUACAGCAGCAACAAGUCAUGGGAAUGCAGCAGGCCACCCCAGCAUUCUCCAACAACCCUUAUCAGCCUCAGCAGGUGGCCAACAUGCAAAGCUUCAACCCUUGGGGUCAAGCGCAGCAACAGCCACAGCCACAGCCACAGCCACAGCAGCCGCAACAAUUGCAACCCAACUUCAUAGGAGCUGGGUUCGGCGGCUUCACUUCGCAGCCGGCCUUCCAGCCUGGCGUCUUGGGACCCAUCCCCCAAGAUAACGUGGCGAACUUCCAGAUGAGUUCUCCCACGGGCAUGGCCAACCUGCAAGCACCAGCCACUACCAAUCCAUUCAGGGCAUCUAUGAUGAUCAGCCAGCAAACCGCCGGUAUGCCGCCGAACACGAACAGCCCACCCAUCGGAUCACCGACCAACCCCCCCGGACCGGGCGGACUUCAGAGACAAUCCACGAACCCGUUCGCGAGAUCACCGCAGCCGAGCCAGCAGCAACCUUUCGGCUCCACGUCAUCCCCGCCUUUCCAGUCUCCGCAACACACCACCUCGCCGCCAGGAGCACCCCUCCAGUCCAUGGUCACCGGCACGAACCCGUUCGCGAAAAGCUUCGGGGGGGGCUCCCAGGCUCAGACGCAGCAACAGAGACCGGCGACCAGCGGCGGCCCGCUCGCGGCGCAACCGACCGGAAGCACGAACCCGUUCCGACAGGGGGCUUUCGUCAACCAUCAGACCGGCAUGGGGUGGCAGAACAACCAGCAACCAAUAGGGGGUGGGCUCGAUAAUCUGCAGACUGUUACUGUGUUCCCGCGUCCGCAGCAGCAAGCGCCGUGGCAGAACCAGCAGCAGUAA